GUGGAGGUCGUCAUUUCCGGUAGCUGCUCCGAUGUCUUGAAACGUUCACAUCAAUUCGCUCCUGGGAAGGGGAAGCCAAGAUGUCAGGUGCUGGGGGAGGAAAACGUCCCUCGGGAGGGGACAGUCCCCCUGGGCCACCUGAGAAGAAAAGCAAGAAAGAGGAGAAGACCACCACCACUCUCAUUGAGCCCAUUCGCAUAGCUGGAGUCUCAUCUACGGAGGAAAUGGACAUGAAGGUGCUGCAGUUUAAAAACAAGAAGCUGUGUGAGCGCUUGGAGCAGCGGCAGGCGAUGGAGGAUGAGCUACGAGAGAAAAUAGAGAAGCUAGAAAAGAGGCAAGCGACUGACGACACCACCCUGCUGAUUGUGAACCGCUACUGGUCAGAGCUGGAAGAGAAGGUCCAUGUUCUACGUAAACAUAUUGAGCCGGCGGCCCCAAUGCCAUCUACCCCGGUUCCUCCACCUACUCCUCUUCCUGAUCAUGCACCCAUGGAAGAAGAUGGCGUCAAAAUAGCAUCACCGACCUCUGGUGUGCCUCCGCCCCCACUCCCUGAGGCUGGAGAACAGCCAGAGCAGCAGCAACACCAGCAGGAAGAGGGUCAGGAAGGGCAUUUGGGGAAUCAACAGAAGCCGCCACCUCCUGACGGAGCAGAAGAAUUGACGCCCACAGAGCCUCCACAGGAAUCGACAGAAGCAUCGCCACUGCCGCCUCCUCCCCUGAGUGAAAACGCCAAAGGUUUCUUGACCACACUGGAGCACAGCACCGAAGAGGAGGUCACCCUGCACCUCCAGGACCGCAUGCAGUUCAGCAAGGAAGCCAUUGCCUGCCUUGUGUGUGUCUUUGACAGGUUGCACAGCAGCAUCGAUAACAUGUGCAAGCAGAUCCAAACUGCAGCAUGCGAGGAUGAGAGCCUGGCCACUAUGGUCACCGCAAACCGCACCGCGUUGGAGGAGAACUGUCGACUGCGAGACCUGGCCACUCUGCUGCAUGGCCGGCACCACAAGACGUCUAUGGAGUACAACGAGUGGGUGGACAAGGUGACCAGCUCGGAGACUAAGGUGUCUGAGAUGGAGACCACUGUUGAGGACUUGCAGUGGGACAUUGAGAAACUCCGAAACAGGGAACAAAAGCUCAACAAGCACCUGGCAGAGGCCAUGGAGCAGCUCAAAUCGGGCUACAGCAGCACGGGCAGCUCUGGUGGGCUGGCUGGAGGUCAAAUUACAUUAAACAUUCAAAAGUUUGAGAGUCUUAACACAGAGCUGGAGCACAACCAGGAGUUGGCCAACAGCCGCAUGGCAGAGUUAGAGAAGCUGCAGGUGGAGCUCCAGGAGGCCGUGAGGGAGAGUGAGAAGCUCAAGAUGGACGUGCGUAAUAUUCCGGAGGAGGUCGUGAAGGAGACGGUGGAAUACAAAUGUCUGCAGUCCCAGUUCUCCCUACUCUACAAUGAGUCGUUGGGAGUGAAAACCCAGCUGGAUGAGGCUCGGGCCCUCCUGCUUACUGCCAAGAACGCCCACCUCAGACAGAUUGAGCACAUGGAGAGUGACGAGCUGUCCCUUCAGAAGAAGCUGCGCACUGAGGUCAUCCAGCUAGAAGACACGCUGGCCCAAGUGCGUAAGGAGUAUGAGAUGUUGCGCAUCGAAUUUGAGCAAAAUCUGGCUGCCAAUGAGCAAGCAGGACCAAUCAACAGGGAAAUGCGACACCUAAUCAGCAGCCUGCAGAAUCACAACCUGCAGUUGAAAGGUGACGUGCAGCGCUUCAAGAGGAAGUUGAGGGAAACGCAGAUGGAGAUCAAUAAGUUACGCUGCCUGAACAGCGACGCUGGCGUUUUAAUUCUGGAAGAGUCAACCAGUGACAGCAUUGACGUGAAGAAAGAGGAAGAUGAGGACCAAGAGGAAGAAGAGGAGAGAAGGAAGGAGCUGGAGAGGCAGCGGGCCCGUGAGAGGGAGCGGGAGGCCGAGCGGGAACGAGAGCGGGACCGCGAGCGAGAGAGACAGCGCAGCGAUGAGCUGAAGAGGAAAGACUCGGACACGCUGAAGAUGCUCAGAGUGGAGCUUAAGAAAGCACAGGAGUCCCAGAAGGAGAUGAAGCUCCUCUUAGACAUGUACAAAUCAGCUCCAAAGGAGCAGAGGGACAAAGUGCAGCUCAUGGCAGCUGAACGCAAAUCGAAAGCAGAGGUGGAUGAGUUGAAGAUGCGAGUGAGAGAGCUGGAGGAGCGCGAGAAGAAGGAGAGCAAGAAGCUAGCAGAUGAAGAUGCCCUGAGGAAGAUCCGAGUGGCGGAAGAGACCAUCGAGCACCUGCAAAAGAAGCUGGCUGCCACUAAGCAGGAGGAGGAAGCCCUCCUGAGUGAGAUGGACGUCACUGGCCAAGCCUUCGAGGACAUGCAGGAGCAGAACAGCCGGCUGUUGCAGCAACUGCGGGAGAAGGACGACGCCAACUUUAAGCUGAUGAGCGAGCGCAUCAAAUCCAACCAGAUCUAUAAGCUGCUGAAGGAGGAGAAGGAGGAGCUGGCUGACCAGGUCAUGACAUUUAAGACGCAGGUGGAUGCUCAGCUGUUAGUAGUGCAAAAGUUGGAAGAAAAAGAGGGUGUUCUUCAGAGCACGUUGGCCACUCUGGAGAAAGAGCUGGCUGUUAGAACCCAAGCACUAGAACUCAACAAGAGGAAGGCGGUGGAGGCUGCACAGCUGGCAGAAGACCUGAAGGUACAGCUGGAGCACACGCAGGCCAAACUCAAGGAGAUCCAAGUCGCUGUGGCUGAGAACCGCACGGCCCGGGAGAGGGAGAGCAGCAAUCUGAAACGAGCGCAGGAGGAUCUGUCCAGGCUGAGGCGGAAGCUGGAGAAACAGAAGAAGGUGGAGGUGUACUCUGACGCCGACGAGAUCCUGCAGGAGGAAAUCAACCAGUACAAGGCAAAGUUGCGCUGCCCGUGCUGCAACACGCGGGACAAAGACACAGUGCUCACCAAGUGUUUCCACGUCUUCUGCUACGAAUGCCUCAAGAUGCGCUACGACACGCGGCAGAGGAAGUGCCCCAAGUGCAACUGUGCCUUUGGCGCCAAUGACUUUCACCGCAUCUACAUCACAUAAAAGAGAAAAGAGUGAACAUUGUGAAUGGAUGAUUUUAUCUCUCUUUGGACUUUAUUUUACCGCAUCGUUGCCACAUGGGGACCAAACAAAUAGUGACUGAGAGAGUUGUCCCGUAGUGAAAUAUAAACAGCUGUUAGUACACUUAGUUGCUACCCAUGCAACAUGUCAAACUGCAGUCUUUUAAAUAACGUCCCAUCCCCUUUUACAUCCAUCUUUAGAGUUUUCUAAUGAUUUCGUAACAGUGCACACAUCUUGAAGCAUUUCUGUGCAUUCAGGAAAUUAAAACGCCUGGAUUAAAAGUCUUUUUCUCCAUACUGGAGGCCUUGCUUGUGUGUGACAGAGAGUAUGUUUAUAGUUUAUAGUUUGUGAAGUACAACACCCAGAUUGUGUGACGUCAUUGCUGAGGCUAUAGGAUUAAUAACCCUGGAGAGAGAGACAGGACUGUUUGGCAGCCAGUCAGCGCAUGCAAGAGCGUUUGGAUCACCUCGGACAAGCUCUUCCAUGUGUGUGUAUGUAUGUGUGUUCGUCCUGUUGCCAUGGCACCCAUUGCUGAGUUUUGACACAACAUCUGCAGCUUAUAGUGGCUCAUUACUGUAUGAAAUGACUGCAGUGGAAAGUCAGCACAUAUGGGCUUGAGCAGCUCCAGGUCGUCCUUAAAGGUCGAGUAGAAAAACAUCUGCGCGAGGACAUUCUUCAGGCGUCAUUAAUGCGAUGAGGCUCCUUUUCCUCCCUCCUCCUCUUGUCCGAUGAUGUGAAUGUUUUCUAGGAGGUUGGCUCGUGUCUGUUUGACGUUAGAACUUGUGGGAAAGGCAGUUCACACCAUGUUGUGCAGGAAUGCUUCCAGACUCCACAGAGAGGGAGAGGAAAAAAAAGAGUUAAUUCAGCAUUUGGGAACAGUUAGAUAAACGUUCCAGGAGACUUGUUGGCAGAAAAAGUCCUUCUGUGAUAUAACCACUUGUUUAGUUAUGAUUGUACACAAGCCGGCAUGAAUAAAUAGGGUGUUUCUAA